AUGGCACUCCCGACAUCGCAUGUGGUUCAAACCCCCAAAAGACAAGAAUACCUUGCAUCCUGUUUGUCUGGUUGUGUUGCCGGUGUCUGCUCCACCUGCGUCAUAAACCCAUUGGAUACCGUCCGUGUGCGCCUCUCUGUAAGCCGAAGUGCCACUGGAAAGGCACACAGGAGCCUCUUGUACACUGUUAGGGACCUCUUCGAGGGAGGCAUUGUCCACGCCUUUUCGCGUGGUCUCUCGGCAAAUCUAAUGGCCUCGCUUCCCUCCAAUGGUAUUUAUCUUCCUACAUACCGCUGCAUUAAGGACCAACUUUCCUCUGCCGGAGUCAACCAGAAUGUUCAACCUGCCAUUGCGGCUUGUGGUGCCGUGUGUGUGACAAACACGAUCCUAGGGCCGAUAUUUCUGGUGCGGACUCGCGUGCAAGUUAACGAAAAACUAACUGUGCGGCAAACGUUUAGAGAUGUGCUGAAGCACGAAGGCUUCAGUGGUUUCUACCGCGGGACCAUGACCAAUAUUGUGGGUCGGUUCGUCGAAGAGGGCCUCUUCUGGAGCAUCUAUGAACUUCUUAAGCGGUUGUCAAACGAAGCAAGUUUCAAGGGUUCCAGCAACUUUUUUCUGACAUCUGUCGCGGUAGCAUCGCUUUCGGCCGUGGCGAAGAUUGCCGCCACCACCGUCUCUUAUCCUUACAACGUCGUUAUGAAUCACAUGCGCAGCGUCAGCUACGUGACAGGGAAACCCGAGUAUGAGCGCAUUAUGCCAACAAUACGACACAUUUAUUACCAAGACGGCAUACCCGGUUUUUACAAGGGGCUUGCGCCGCAGCUGUUACGGAGCACGCUAAGUAAGGCUGUACAGAUAUAUUCUUUUGAACUGGCCAUGUUCAUUUACUUCAGCACUGUCCAACGUCCCGUUGUUUCUUGCGCUCCCGCAUAA